GGCGCGGCUGGCGCUGUCCCGCUCCGCCCGUGUCACCGCGCGUCGCCUGCGGCUGUUGGCGGCCGAGGCCGAGGAGCAGCGGCAGCGGGGGGAGCGACACCGGCUGCAGGCCGCGGGCCGUCUCCUGGCCGAGCAGGUGGCCGCGGUGGCCGCGGGCACGGCGCGGGCGCUGGCCCAGGGCCGCCAGCUGCGCCAGGAGCUGCAGGACGUCGGGGACGGCGCCGCGGCCACCGCGCGGCACGUGGCCGUGCUCAGGGCGCGCCUCAGUGUCCCCGUUGAUGUCCCCGUUGAUGUCCCCACCGGUGUCCCCAGGCUGCCGCGGCGGGACGACCCCCGGCGGGCGCAGUGGCUGGAGAACAGCCGGCGGCGGGACCCGGCCGGGGGGGGGCGCUGGGACCCCUCCUCCAAAUACAUCUACUUCUGCUCGCAGCACUUCGAACAGUCUGGAUACAGGUGGGAUUUGGGGGGCUACAGGUGUUCCAGGACCCCCCCCCCAAGGUAUUUUGGGGAUCUCUCCGGGGUCCCGUCUCUGUUCAUGCUGCGGCUGCCGCCCCGCGCCGGCUCGUACAUCCAGAGCGAGCACAGCUACCAGGUGGGCAGCGCGCUGCUCUGGAAGCGCCGCGCCGAGGCCGCGCUGGACGCGCUGGACAAAGCCCAGAGGCAGCUCCAGGCCGGGAAACGCCGCGAGCAGCGGCUGCGGCUGCGCCUGGCCGAGCUGCAGAGGGAGCGCAGAGCGGGCCCCGAGCCGCGGAGGAGCUCCAAGGAGCGGCCGGAGCUGCUCGGAGAUGCUGCCGGAGGAGGAGGGCGGUGAGGAGUUGGAGGAGCUCCGAGGCUCGGAGGCGGCGCGGAGGUUUGUAAAUAAAGGAUUUUACCCUGCGGGUGCGGCUGGUGGAGCUCCAGGGGGAGGGGAGAGCGGGCUGAGCCGCGGAGGAGCUCCAAGGAGCGCCGGAGCUGCGGGUGGUGGAGCUCCAGGGAGAGAGGAGAGGGCUCUCCGAGCCGCGGAGGAGCUCCAAGGAGCGCCCGGAGCUGCGGCGGGUGGAGCUCCAGGGGGAGAGGAGAGGGCUCUCCGAGCCGCGGAGGAGCUCCAAGGAGCGCCGGGAGCUGCUCGGAGAUGCUGCAGGAGGAGGGCGCUGGGGAGCUGGUGGAGCUCCGAGGCUCGGAGGCGGCGCGGAGGUUUGUAAAUAAAGGAUUUCCGAUUU